CGGCCGCGGACGAAGAUGGCGACUGCCAUGUACUUGGAGCACUACCUGGACAGUAUCGAGAACCUUCCUUGUGAACUUCAGAGGAACUUCCAGUUGAUGCGUGAGCUGGACCAGAGGACAGAAGAUAAGAAAGCGGAGAUUGAUAUCCUGGCCGCAGAGUACAUCUCCACAGUGAAGACUCUGUCCCCAGAGCAGCGGGUAGAGCAUCUGCAGAAGAUCCAGAGUGCCUACAGCAAGUGCAAGGAGUAUAGCGACGACAAGGUGCAGCUGGCCAUGCAAACCUACGAGAUGGUGGAUAAACACAUUCGGAGGCUUGAUGCAGACCUGGCACGCUUUGAAGCAGACCUGAAAGACAAGCUGGAGGGUAGCGACUUUGAGAGCUCUGGAGGACGAGGGUUAAAAAAAGGUCGAAGCCAGAAAGAAAAGAGAAGUUCCCGGGGGCGAGGCAGAAGGACCUCAGAAGAAGACACUGCAAAGAAAAAGAAGCAUAAAGGAGGGUCGGAGUUCACUGACACUAUCCUGUCUGUGCAUCCCUCUGAUGUGCUGGACAUGCCCGUGGACCCCAACGAGCCCACCUACUGCCUCUGCCACCAGGUGUCCUACGGGGAGAUGAUUGGCUGUGACAAUCCAGAUUGUCCAAUCGAGUGGUUUCACUUUGCCUGUGUAGACCUGACCACGAAGCCCAAAGGAAAAUGGUUCUGUCCUCGGUGUGUCCAGGAGAGGAGGAAGAAGAAGUAAGGAAGAGCUGACACCGGGGCCAGAAGAGCAAGUUGAUACACUCCUUUAUUCACGUUGCAAUAUUUUACCUUCAUCUUAAAGCUACCUUGUUUUGAAUGAUAUUUAAUAAUUCAGUGGCCAGUUGUAAUUCUGGAUAUUUCCUAAAAUCAACAAGAACCCACCUGAGCCCUGUUUGCACAGAGGAGGGAUCUUAUGGGGACUUGCCACAGUGACUUUGUUCUCAUGACUUUUUGUACAGACCCAGCACUGAGCACAGCAGUCCCACGAGCCCGAAUGACUCCGUGGAUGUAUGCGUGCGGUGUACUGGGUGCGGUGGGAUGUGCCAGCUGGGAGCAGAUACUGCCAUCGCUUUGCAGCUAGAGGUGUGAGCCUUAUGUGGUCUGCAGUUUCCUGGGCUUCCCCUGAGAGCCCACACCACUGUAUGCACAUUGGCCACGCUGAGUGCACGGGUGUGUAGUCUGGUGGGCGUUGCCGGAAGGCGCCCUCACGACUUGUGCGCUCGGAGCUGGCAGCUGCACAGGAAGGGCAGCGCUCUCCCAGAAGGGGCUCUGCUGGCUGUGCACUGCCUUUUAGUCUGGACUCCCUGAGGUUUCACUGUCUGGAGUAAACGGCUCUGGAUUGGCAGUUGGGCCGUAGGUUACCACGACCAGCACCAAUGAGAAGCAGCAUAGCAGACUGGCAGAUGUUCCAUUUCUCUGGGAAUUCCAGAUGUUUUUACUGUGAAGAUGAAAUUAUUGUAAUCGCAUGAAGUUUAUUUGUGAAGUGAAUCCAGUCUACUAAGAGCUGAUUUUGAACCUGUUUCUGUUACACACUGGGUCAGCACUUUGUCUCCCAGAGGACUACAAUUAUGUGAUUUGUGAAUUUCUUGUGCCACAAUAGCAGUUCUGGAAUGAAGCUAGGAAACUAGAAUGUACUUUCUGUUUAAUCAGCAUUCACCAAACUGAUUUUGAACCGUCUCUUUGGUACUAGUUGGGGACAUCGCAUACAUUUGGUAUGUUGAGAUCCACUUGUGAUGGUACCUAGAGUGGGGCUUCUGGGAGUGUCCUGGACUCUCCAAGACCCACCCUGCGUGAUUCAGACAAGUCAGGGUUCCUUUUACCAGGAAAAAAAGACCCAAGAGAUAGAAUCAAGGUGUGAAAUGCCCAGCUUCAGAAGAAUCUCGUUCUCUUUGUGAAGAGUGUCCUCUGGAGUGGUCCACCUGCUUCCUUCCAAUGGCCGCCUGUACCACAUCCUCUCCUAGCUUCCAGUGUUUCACCACGGAGAGGACAUAGAGCAGAGGAACUGGUGAAGCUGCAUCCUAGACCAGCCCCUCCCUGCAAAUGAGUUAAUAUGUGGCAGUUGGGAGCAGAUAUCAGCGGGCAGCUGGGGUCCAGCUGGAAUCUGUGGCCCUUAGUGGGUCUUACCCUGCAUGGAACGUGUCCAGACUGCUGUCCUUUCUACAGCUACCUGAGGGAGCAGGACUUGCUUCCAAAUGACUGCAGGCGGGCCACUUCCGCUUGUGUGCCCCUUCCAGUCUCGGGCUGGUGGUUAGGGUAGGGGUCAGCAGCUGCCACAGCCUGUCCCUGGUAGGUUCCAGGCCUGAUGCACCAUCUCAGAACCGAUGUCUUCUUGCUGCUCAGGAAGAAGUUGGGGGCGCACCUGUAACUCAGCUGGGUUGGAACGCGAAACCCGCUUGUAUUUCGCAACUUAGUUUUACAUUGCAGGUGUUUAAAGAUUGU